AUGAAGAACAUUUCAGCUGGCAUUCCCUCAAACAACACAUCUUCGACGUCUACAACACAACCGCUUUAUUGUAAGGCCGAAGGAAUAGCUGUUUGCAGCGUUUUAUCGUUGGAAGCUAUCUGUAUAGUUGUAGGAAACUUUCUCACACUUUCCCUUUUUUCCGUUACCAAAGAGCUUCGAAAGAGGAGCUUGUUUCUUGUCAUCAAUAUGGCUUUUGCGGACCUCAUGAUUGGAGCGCUGAGUCUACCAUUAUACAUUUACUUCUAUGUUGGUGAUGUGUAUCAACUGUGGAAUGUAACGAUAGAAACUCCAUGGCGCGUAUUCUUUGCUGCAUUACAAGUGAUUUUUUCUCAAGCCUCGCUUAUUUCUGCAGCCUUGAUAUCCUUUGAGAGACUGUACGCCGUUCUUUGGCCACUGAAACACCGCACACUGUCAGUAAGAGCUUACCGCGUCGCUAUAUGCAUAGUUUGGAUACUAGCUCUCUGUUAUUCCGCGACUGCCAACUUUUCGUACUACUUUAUUUCACGAGAAUUAGCCAACUGGUUUUGGAUCUCAAGUCCUUUUAUACUAACAAUCAUCGUAGGUGGGUGCAACAUCGCUAUUUGGAGAAAAGUCAUCGUUCGAAGGAGCCUGCGUAAGACGCACAGCAGAGUCAUUAAAAAUCAACGCCUAACGAAUACGUUAUUAUUUGUAUCGAUAUUUCCAUUGCUGACGUGGUUACCUAUGUUUAUUGUGAACUACUUAAAACAGGUCCAAAAUGUUUCCAUGCCUCCAAAAAUUUAUUACGUGUUUGUAAUUCUUAACUGUUCUCACUUUUUUGUCAAUCCAGUAGUGUAUGUACUAAGAAUUCCCGAGUUUCGACAAGCGCUAUGUUGGCGCUAUUUUACACGAAAACAACCGUUCUUUGAAGAAGGAAGACAAACUAGAGCAGGUCUUUUAAGACCCAUGAGUCAGCGAUUAACGUUACAGGCCGUUUCCGAUCACUUAGCUACCCCCUCUUGUCCAAAGUUGUCCUUGGAACGGAGCGUCGAGGACGCAAAAUUGUGA